CUCCCCUGCCAUAUAUAUGGAGCGGAUGCGACUCUACCCCAUUAAAGAAACUUUGCAACGACAACACCGCUAACGACCUCGUACCCACGCAAACGUAAACGAUGAGGUACUCAUCAUGGAUCGGGCGGAGCGUAGCUCUGCUCUUGCUUGGAUCUGGCAACAUACUCGCCUCUAGCGAAGCCACGGGCAGCGAACUCGAAGUCGGUACUGCUGCAUGGGAGGCCGAUGUGCUGGAGCAAUAUCGCGCAUAUCUCGAUGCGAACGGUGGUUUUGCUGCGCUCUACCACCAGAAUGAGAACGGCACGGCCGAAGUGGGCCUCGAAGUGGGCCUCGAAGUGAGAGGGAUUGAGAAGCGGGCCGUCCCGGCGGGUACCGUCUGGGCGAACCCGCCAAGUGGAGUCACUACAGAUCCGAAAAACCCUGCCUGUACCGGCGGGGAAACCAUAGCGGUCAACGUCUUGUUCACCUCCGCUACCACAGAUAUCUCGGUUGGCGGCACCGGCGCAAACGAAGUCUUCACGGCCUUUUCUCUCACCAGGAUUGGCGUCGCGAGUCCUGUGAACGCUAUCCUCAAUCCCAGCUUCGAAACGGGGAGCUUACCGCCGUGGUUUUAUACCAGCGGUAUCGGGCUUGCCACUACCAACAAUAAUGCUCUUCAGCUCAACGGCGGGCUCUUUACCACUAUCGUCGUCGCCCAGACUCUUUCUGUCGUACCGUCCGUGCCGUACCUCUUGACCUUCCAACAUACCUGUACCAUCGUGGCCUCUGCCGCAUAUGUCACAUUAACCGGAACGACACAGGCGCCAGGCUUGCUCCAUCUGGUCCCAUCGACUGAUACUGGACCCUCGAAUACCGACGGCCGAACGAACGUUGUCGAUCCCAUCCUUGCUGGAACAGGCCUGCCGCUAUCGAACAUUGUCAUCCUCCGUAAUGGUAACCCAAUCGGAGUCGCGACGACGCAGGCGGAUGGUACCUUCAUAUUCCCGUUCCCCGUCCUGUCAGGAACCAACAUCAUUACUGCAACGACAUUCUUCCCUGCAACCCAGACCUCCUCGGGUCUUUCUGCGCCAUUCACAGUCAUUAUUGACCCACCUCUCACAAUUUUCUUCAGUCCCGGGUCGGACAAUGGGGUUCCAGGAGACAAGAUCACAACUAAUACACUCCUCACGUUCACCGGCACAGGUCCGAUCAACAGACCACUGUUGUUUACUGACAAUGGCGCUGUGUUAUUCACGACGACGACCAGUGGUUCUGGGAAUUGGGUCGUUGUCGUCUCAACCACUCCUGGUGUCCACGUCUUCUCAAUCUCCGAUCCCGUCAACGUUUACCCGAAUAAUCCUCCACCCACUGUCACUGUCACAGUUGCGAAUGUUCCAAAUCCUCCUUCGGUUCUCGCCAUCGAUGCCUCGACUGAUACGGGAGACACAGGAGACUUUAGGACUGCCGAUACCACUCCUACUAUCACUGGCACAGCCUCGACGAAUGCUGCCGUAUCCCUCCUUGUGAAUAACGUCCAGGUCGGAAACGGCUUCGCAGAUGGUGCUGGUGUGUUCUCUAUCACGCUGACUGUUCCACUUGCUGCAGGUCCGAACAACAUUGUGGGAGUGCAAACUACCACUCUGGGUUUCGUGUCUCCACAAAGUGCUCCUCUUGUCGUAACCAUCCUACUGGCGCAGCCCACCCUUACUGGGAUUACUGAUGUAACCGAUUCCUUACCACUGGGGGAUCUCAAAACUACGGUUUUGACUCCAAGUUUCGUCGGAGUCGCUCUUCCCAACGCACAGGUCAUUAUUCUGAGAGGAGGGAUUCAAGAAGGAUCUGCACCCGCAUCAGCAGGUGGAUCCUAUGAAGUACCAGUCAGUGCACUUCCGGGACCUGGUGUAUACACGUUCGUGGCCAAGCAUAUCUUUAAUGGCUUUGAGUCAGAACUCAGUACCCCCCUGACCAUCACAAUCACCCCAGGGCCACCUGUAUUGACAGGCAUUGAUAUCGGUUCUGAUUCGGCACCUGUAGGUGACGAUCAAACCUCUGAUGCAACUCCUAAUAUUGUCGGUUCGGGAGCUCCAGGGGCUAGUAUCUCCCUGUAUCUGGGUAGCUCCUUGAUUGGAUUUGGUACUGCCAAUGCAAAUACAGGCGCAUUCGCAGUGACAACUACGCUACUAGGACCACCAGGUGUGUAUGGUAUUACUGCCAGACAAUCAGUGUCAGGAAUCCAAUCUGAACUCAGUGCACCUUUCACCAUCACUAUUCUACCAGAAGCACCAAUCCUUACUGGUGUGGCUCCAAGCCCAGGUCUGAAUAGUAACCAGAUUCCAAUUGCAAGUUCUCGAACACCAGCUAUUGAGGGCUCUGCGCUUCCAAAUGCAAACAUCAUCCUCUUUGAAGGGAACAGGAUAGCAGGAUCUGGACAGACUGGUAGUGAUGGAACAUUUUCCAUUACGGCAAAUACCGAGCUUGACCUAGGCGUCCAUGUAUUCACCGGCCUUGCGUGGACGUUUGAAGGUUUGAUGUCUACCAGAAGCGAUCCCUUCAGUUUCGAAGUCGUUGAUCCGCUUCCAUCCUCAAGCUCAUCAACUGUUGCUAGUUCAACCUCAGAGUCUAGCUCCACUGUUGAAACAAGCUCGACGACGGUGUUCUCCAGUUCCACAACCGAGUCUUCAAGUUCCGCUUCGGAGUCUUCUACCUCGAGUGAUUUCCCAAGCUCGACCACCGAGUUCUUCAGUUCCACGACUGAGUUCUCGAGCUCGGCUACCGAUUCUUCCACCACCGCCGAUGAUUCAAACACCAGUGAUAUCCCCAGCUCGACAACGGAGUCCUUUAGUACAGAGACUGAGACAGCAAGCGAAACCGAUACUACGAUUGAGCCAUCGAUCACCGCCAGUAUUUCUGAUAUCUCAAUCACCGCCUCGGAGACUUUCUCUACUGACUUUCCCUCCACCACCCAAGAGUCGUCCUCUGAAACCGAGACGGACACCGAGACUGAGACUGAGACUGUCAGCUUUGCGUCAGAGACAGAGUCUUCGUCUGCCGAGCCUACGGUCACCUCUGCGGAAACAAGUCCAGCAUCAGUUACUGCUGAGCCGACGUCUAGCGAGGAUUUCUCCACUACUUCGAUGGCAGCUGACGUAACUGGGACUGAAUCGACAACUGCGACUGAGCCAACGGAGACCACUUCGGUCGUCCCCGCGUCGGAUUCUUCAACCAGUGUCCCAGAGUCGGGAUCCGUAACUGCCUCGAACACCGAUGUAGCUACUACUAGUACUGCUGAGGGAUCAGUGACUUCUCCGCCUGAGAGCUCAACGUCAUCGCCCACCGAUAUUGUCUCAGGAACCGUCCCUACGGCCUCAACAACUGCGGACGAAUCAAUUACGCAGCCAACUACAGCACCAACAGGCACGGUUGAACCCGGUACCACAACACCCGUAUCUUUCACUUCUGAUCUCGUGUCAACAUCCAUGAGAUUCUGGAACUCAUCAACAACAGAUGUGUCAGCCACUACCAGUCCACCAGUUGAUACCACUGACCUCACCUCGGCCACAGCCACUGGAUCACCUGCUACUUCGAGUGGUACCGCAACCACGAACCAGGGCUCAACAGCUUCAGGUUCAACCUCGGGCUCGGUUCCCAGCAGCACUUCCAACUCGUUCUUCCUUACCGUCCAGUUUGCUCCAAGUGUGAAGAAGCGACAGACCGCAGGCCAAUCAUACUUGUCUUUGGUUGGCGAUCAGUUGAUAGCCACGGAGGCUUGCACUGAUUCACCUCCAGUAGCACUUGUGAUUGCCAGCGGUAGACUUGAAACUGUGUCGGGCUCUGCUGUUACAGUCGCUUCUGCCGUGGUUGCCAGCCCUGGAUACUCGGCAGUACAAUUUGAUGCCACACCAGAUCCCGCUGACAUCCAAACCACCUUCGCAUUGACACCGGAGUUGUCAUGGAGCAAUGCUGCGUUCUUGAAUUCAGAAGCACAGUUCUGUCUACUUGGCAAUGUUCUACAAGCAAGUUAUACUGUUCAAGUUUCUUCGAUACCUGGUUGUGUGCCAGUUGUACUGAUCCCAAGUACUGAAGUGUGUUCGUCGGCAUCUUCGACCGUGUCGGGUACUUUGCCACCUUCUGGAGUUUCCACCAGUGGACCAAUCCCCACUGUUCCUUCCAUCAUCAUUGGUAUUGAGAUCACAAUCCAGAUCACUAUCAUUUACAUCACCAUCGAGAUCAACGGCAACUUGGUACACACAACAACAUGCGAAACUCAGACUCUUACGUCGCCGUUGGCACCCGUUCCUUCCACCUAUGUGGAUACUUCAGUUGUGGAUGGAGUUACCAAAUACGUCACCAAGACUGUCGCGUGCGGUGUCUGCCAGCACAAGAAUGCCGUUCCAGGAGAAAUCACUGUCUACCAAGUUGUUACCGUCGACCCAUCGUGCACUACGCCCGUCUAUCCAGUGGUUGAGACCGUCAAGCCCUGUGCCGUCUGUAAACCAGUCGUUCCAGGUACCAUUGGUGGGGGUGACAACAAGCCUCCUGGUGGACCAUAUGACAAGCCUGUACCUGCACCACCCGCACCAGCACCACCCGCACCCGCACCUCCCGUUCAAGCAGGUCCACCCGUACAGACCCAGACAGUCUACCCACAAGAAUCAGGCAAGAAUGGCGGCGUUGCUACUGAUGUACCAACUGUCCCAUAUGUCGACACCCCAACCGGAACCGGAACUGGGUCGCCUGUGAUGUAUACUGGUGCAGCGUCGACCUUUGGUCCUGGUCUUGCAUUUUCUUUGGUGGUUAUUGCGGUGUUGAGCUUGGUUUUGUAAUGGAUGGUGAGCAUUAUACUGUUUUGAUGUAUAUAAUUGAAGGGAGGUGUCGUUAGAACAGAAAUUGAGCUUUUUUUCAUUUCUGACUUGAUUAAGUGUUGGGUGGGUUGGUCAGGCGUUUAUCACAAUAGAUUCCGGUACACCAAGGAAUAGCUUUUAAUAAUCAAGAUUAAUU